AGGUGUGAGAGGAACCAGGAUGAUGGCGACGGUGCCCCUGACCAGCUCCAGUCUUCUCCCUCUGCUGGAAUCUCUGGAGGAUAUCACAGCCGGACAGCCGGAGCAGACAGACGCCUACCUCACCAUUGUCAAUCGUCUCAGUGGGGAUGAUGGAACACCGUUUCUCCCUGCCGUUAUAAAGAACUUUUCACGUUUGGGUAAAACUUUCCAGACCCAUAUCGCCAGUCAGAAUGCAGAGCUGAGCCAGGCUGCACUACAGGCCCUGGGGUUCUGUGUGUUCCAUGCCCACGUCGUCUCAGCUAUCCCAGCUAAUUUUGCAGAGGAGCUACUGUCAGCUCUUUCCUCUCUGGUGGUGAAGUCUACAGACAAGAACACAUGCACCAGAGCAUUAUGGGUCAUCUCCAAACAGAACUUCCCUCCAGAGGUGGUGGCCAAGAUGGUUCCAGAGAUUCUGAGGACCCUGGAGUGUGUACGGACUAGAGAAGACAUCCAGUCUGUUGUCAUGGAGCAUGAGUCGUUGAAUGUUAUCAUAAGGUUGCUGGACCAGGCCCCAGCCCAGAUGGGUGAGCGUGCAGUACAGUGGGCCAAGCUGGUCAUCCCUCUGGUGGUCCACUCAGCCUCUAAAGUGCGCCUGCGGGCGGCAGCAGCCCUGGAGAUGGGUCUGCCUCUACUAAUGGAGAAACAGAAAGAGGUGGCAGCCAUCAUAGAACCCAUCAUGUCCUCAAAACUCAUCCCAGAGCUCCAGAAACUGUUCUCUACGAAGAACGAGACCAAUGUUCUGAAACUCUGGCCGUUGUUUGUCAGGCUCCUAGGGAAGCUGCUCCAUAGAGGUGGUCCCUUCAUCAACUCCCUGCUUGGCCUGGAGGAACUGGGCUUCCGUAGCUCCUCCCCCAACAUCAAGAAGAUCGCCUUCAUCGCCUGGAAGAGCCUCAUAGACAACUUCUCCCUCAACCCAGAGAUCCUGUGCAGUGCCAAGCGGCUAAAGUUGCUGCUGCAGCCCCUCAGCUCCAUCCAGGUGAGGACUGAGGCCCUGCUGCUCACCAAGCUGGAGGUCUGGUGGUACCUGGUGGUCAAACUGGGACCCAACCUGCCUGCACACUUUGAACAGGUUGGUGUUCCUCUCCUCCAGUGCACCCUGGGCACUGACUCUGCCUUCCCAACUACUCCUGCCCGGAGCUCCAUUCAGAGCAGUGCUGUGGGGACCAGUGCCCCAGCCUUCUCCAGCCCUACGGUGAUGCCCCGUCUGAGCCUGAACUGCAGUGUGGUGGCGGGCCAGGCCUACCCCUCUAUACAGCUGCUGGGAUUAGAGAUGCUGCUGCACUACUUCAUGGGGUCAGAGGUCACCGCCGCCGCUGCCAAGAACCAACUGACGCUCAGCCUGGAACCUCUGGUUCACCCCUUCCUGUCCAGUCCCCCCUCCUUCACCAAGCACGGCUCUUUGCUUAUCUCCGCAGUCCGCGACAGCUUCAUCUGCAUCGGCAAAGACGCCCCAGCUGGCCAUAAGAAAGAGCGCCAGGGCUCUGAGCUCCUCCCCCUGUUGCUACAGGCUCUCCAGAGCGUCAUCUCCUCAGAGGCCCUCCCUGCACACAGGGCUCUGAGUCUGCUGGACAUGACGGUGAAGGGUAUCCCUCAAAGGAUACUGGGAUCUGCCUCUUACCAAGUGGGCAAAAUGGAUCUUUUGAACGGAACCCCGGCUCUGUUCCUGAUUCUCCUGUUCUACAACAGCAGUCUGGUGGGAGGGUUCGUAGACGAUGAGAGGUUUUUCCUGUGUUUAGAGACCCUAGUGAGCUGUGGUCUCUCAGGCCUCACGUCCCCUCUGGCAUUUGGGGAGGCGGUCCUGGGGGCGGUGGGGCGCAGCGCGGGGACUCUGGGGAAUAAGGAGCAGCUGUGGAGGAUGUGGAGCGUGGUGGUCAACCCACUGACUGUUACCAUCACACAGACCAAUGAGGUGAACCAAGGGGACGCUCUGGAGCACAACUUCAGUGCUGUUCACACUGCCCUGAUGUUCCCCAUCACACACCUGCUACCUGGCAACGCCCUGCCACAGGUGACCCAGAAGUCCAUGCUGGGUACGUGGUCCAGGCUGUAUAAGGUGUUUGCCUGCUGCUCUGCCCUGGUGGCCACGGCCGAGGAGAAUGUCUGCUGUGAGGAGCUGUGUGGCAAAAUGGCUGCCCUAUUGGACAGGAAGGCCCUGAGGGUUCCGUCAACGUUGGAUGCGGUUGCUAACAUCCUCCUGGUCAUCGUUGAGAGUUCUGACUUCUCUCCCUACACCUCACAGUUUCAACAGAAGAUGAAAUCUCCCCACACCCCUCUGGCCUGGGUGCGUAAGAAAAGCAAAGCCCUUGGGAACCUGUCUACCUUCCAGACCCUGCUGGUCCAGGCCCUGGAGGCCUUUAAUGCUGUUGAGGCUCCUGAGACGGUCCCUGAGGGUACAGGCCUGGCCCUGGUCUCCAUCCUCUCUACCCUGUUCUCUAAUCUGGCCCUGGCUACAGCCAUACAGGAGGCCCUGGCCUCUCUCACAAAGCCCCUCACAGCCCUCUAUGAACAGCCUGGGAGGACUCCAAAUGAGCAGCUGAAAUCCACCUCAAGUCUUGGAGCAAAACUGGAGAAGCUCCUGGUUGAUGUGUUGGGCUGCUUGCAGACAUGUUCAGCCCUGGCCUAUGAUGAUGAGCUGCUGUCCCUGCUGUCCCCCCUGCUCUGUGUCCUGUUCCUCCACCGGCGAAAGCACAUCCGUUCCCUCGUCACACAGUUCUGGAACGCAACCUUCGCUAACGCUUUGGCCCUCGUCUACCCAGAAGAACUCAAGCCAGUGUUGAGCCAGGUGAAGCAGAACACUCCUAUCCUCUUACCUGGCUUUCAGUCUGUUGAAGUUCCAGAUGAGCUCAGUGGACAGUACUCGAGUGAGAGCUCUCAGCUGGAGACCAAGCUGAGUGGAGUGCAGAUGACUCCUGGGGUGAAGAGAGACUCUCUACUGGCGAGGGUUGGAGAGAUGAAGGACAGGAGCUCCAAGACAUCCAAGCCUGUCUCUAUGAAGCUCGACUUUGGCUCUCCCAAGCCGCCUCGUAGAGAAGAACUGGAGGAGCAGGCCUCUAUAGACUUUGUGUUCAUACCCCCCGAGACUAAGGAGAGAGUCCUCACCGAGCACCAGAAAGAGGUCAAGAGAACCAAAAGGGUUGACAUUCCUGCCAUGUACAACAACCUGGAUGCUUCCCUUGAUACCACGGUCUUCACCCAGUACACACAGAGUCAGGAGGAAUCACUGGACAAAUUGCCAGCAGAUGAGCAAGCCGAAGAUGCUGAAAAGGAUGAGGUUAAAGCGGAGGUUCCAGAAGAAAACAUGGAAAUGGGGGAGGACGUUGCUGACGACACCCAGGAAUAUAUCAGUCCAACCAAUGAGACAGCAGAAUCUGCAAAGGGAGAGGAGGAGCCUGCUGAUGAGUUACUUCCUGAGUCUGCAGACAUUUCCAUGGAGGAGGAUGUCGAUGAAGAUGUUUCAUUGAAGGAUGACUCUGCCAUGGAUACCAGAGAGGGCACCAACCCUGACGUCUCUGGCUGCUCUGACAUGGUCUCAGGGACGCCUCAGAAAACCAACAGUCGUCGCCAGUCUUUCAUCACUCUGGAGAAGUAUGCUGAGGGGAAGCCUGCUAGUCCUGCCAGCGUGGUGACGUUUACAGGCCCCCUCACCAGGACCGCUAACAGCCAGAAGCAGGAUGCUUCCUCUCCGGAACCACCGGCAGGGGGCGGCCAGGCGCAGGCGGCUUCCUCUCCGGAACCACCGGCAGGGGGCGGCCAGGCGCAGGCGGUUUCCUCUCCGGAACCACCGGCAGGGGGCGGCCAGGCGCAGGGGGCUUCCUCUCCGGAACCACCGGCAGGGGCCGGCCAGGCGCAGGCGGUUUCCUCUCCGGAACCACCGGCAGGGGGCGGCCAGGCGCAGGCGGCUUCCUCUCCGGAACCACCGGCAGGGGGCGGCCAGGCGCAGGCGGCUUCCUCUCCGGAACCACCGGCAGGGGCUGACACGGACUCGCAGGAGACUGAACAAGCAAGAUUUAGAAGCUCCAAGAAUCAGUCUUCCAAAAAAGAGGGAGAGAAACCUGAACCUUCAGAAGACAAAAAGCAAUCUGAGGUUGAGAAACCAGCUGAGAAAAGAACAAGUGAAACCGACGAGGACGACGUCAUCCCAGACACCCAGACUCCGGUGGAAAUACUGAAGGAAGUUCUAGUUCCUGAAGAAGUAGUAAUGGGAAACAACAGUCAGAAAGAAGAGGAAUCUCAAGGUCUUCUGGAAGGUUCUCCCAGUUCCCAAGCCGAUCUGAGCCAAGGUGAACCAAGGCGGUCCGGACGGCGGAGGAACAGGCCACUGAGACCAGGAGAAGAUGCAGAGGUAUGGGAAGAGAAAGACAAACGGAGGAAGUCUCAAACGGAUUCACCAAAGACUGCGCCCUCUCCUGCCAGUCAAGCAGAUGGUCAGUCACAGGGUAGAGCCAGUAGGAGAAGUAAGCUGGCUGUUGACGUGGAGGACCAUGGAAAAUACAAGCUGAGAAAAAUAAGUCACAAGGAGGAGAGCGAGUUGAGCCAAUCAAAUUCACAGGUGGCCACGCCUUCACCUGCUGCUGAUAUCAACAGCCAAUCACAGGGUAGCACGGUAUCAAGUAGAAGGAGCAGCAAAUCAGAGGAUCUGGUCAAAGACAAACAAAAGAGAGGUGUUGCAGAGGAGGAGCUCAGUCAAAGUGACUCUCAAACGGACACCCCCUCUGCCUCUGAUAAUGAUAGCCAAUCACAGAGUAGAUGUAGUCAGAGGAGUAAGUUGGCUGUGGAAGUGGAGGAUGAUUGCAAGCAGAAACUAAGGAGUAUUAGGGCUCAGAAGGUGGAGGAGAAGACAAGCCAAAUUGAUUCACAUGUAGCCACACCAUCUCAACAAGAGAGCCAGUCACGGGGUAGUGCAAGCUGGAAGAGCAAACCGCUCAGUGAUUUGGAGGAGGUUGACUUUGUAGAUGAGGUUGACAAGCAGGAUCCUACUGAGCACCAAAGUGAUUCUCAGAUUGCCACACCCUCUCCUGCUGAUCAAACAGGAGAUGGCCAAUCACAGGGUAGAUCUAGCAGGAGGAGUAAAUUGGUCACCGAGUCAGAAGAACAGGGUAAAGGCAAGCCAAAGACGAGAGGCGGUACAGAGCUACUCAGCCAAAUUGACUCAAAGACUACACCUUCAACCAAACCUUCAGCCACUCCAACAGACAGCCAGUCGCAGGGUAGAGCAAGCAGGAGAAGCAAGGUUCCCAUUGAAGUGGCUGAGUCUGAGGUCAAAAGAAGCCUGCAUUUGGCCACUGAUUCAGCAGCAACACCAGAGAUGAGCCACACUCAUUCUCAGGUCGCUCCUUCUGCCACCAGUCCAACAGACCGCCAGCUGAGGCCCAGGGGCAGAACCAGUAAAAGAAGCAAGAUGUUAAAGGAGCAGGUAAAAGCCAACAGCAGCCCUAACCCAACUCCUAACAUGGAGACUGAGAACUCACAGGUGGGAGAUACAGAAUCCUCACAAGGAAGUGGAAGGACUAAAAGGCGCAAUGCCUCCCGGGCCUUACUAGGCUCCAACGUGGAGAACUCUGAGUCGGAUGCUUCAGAGCUCCGGGAGGAUGUCCAGAAAGGCCGGAAGCCCACGUCAGCUGGAGCGAUUCCAAGCCCACUGGCUACAGUUGGAUCAGCAGAGCCAGGGGCUGACCAAGAUAUCCCAAUGGAUAGUUCUGAAACUUCUCUAAAGUCAGACUCGCAAAACCCAUCAAGUGAGGCCUUAGAAGUCAAUAUUCCACAGGAUGUGGAGGAAGCCCUUAAAAUGGUCAACUCCCUUAAACCUGAAGUGGUAGUUCCAAGUCUUCCUGUGAUAACUCAGAUAGCUCUGGGGCAGAGGGAGACUGACAUGGGGGGUGUGGUUGAGGCAGUUGACCCUGUUGUGCCAGAGAAGGUUGAGAGUGAAAAUACUAAGCUUUCUUCUCAACAGACGGACUCUUCAGUAGAACCUGAUCUAGAACAUAAGAGCCAGGAUGCGUGUAUGUCUCGAUGGAAGAAGGAACGUGGACAUAAAUGGUCAAAAAGCAAAGCGAAUUUCAACACAGUUUCCUCUCAGGAGAGUGACCAUGGUGACCUAGAGUGUGACAGGCCAACACAGAUCCAAAGUAAGCUGCUCACUGACUCUGAGCAGGCCAACUCUCCCACGCUUUCCACUGAAGGAAAUGCCAUCUCUGAAGAUGGACUAAACAGACUAUGUACCCCUCCCAUUGCCAAUGGCCUCCCCCCAGAUACUUCACCUACUGAGGCAACAGAGGAGAAACUGGGUCUUCAGGUCUCUGAGUCCUCAGGGAAGGUUUUAGAUGGGCUGAAGCCUGUGGCUGUCUCCAGUGAGGAGGUGACAGAGGAGCAGAUGGGAGUACACGUGGAGAACAGACAUCCAGAGUCUGCUACCAAUGUUCUAGAGGAGGACCAACUGGAAGAUGUUGGCAGGUCUAUUGGGCAAGCCCAGCCAGGGUGUUCCAAAGCCUUAGAUGAGGAGCAACGGGAGGAGCAGUACACAUCUAUCAAAGAAGGACAGCCAGAGGCUGACAGCACCUCUACUGGAACCAGAGAAACCCACACUGAGCCUCAGGCGGACAACGUUCAAGAUAUCACUCCUCUCCAAGAGAGGGCAAAAACUGACAAUGUAUCUGGCCUCGAGUGUGAAGAGGGUGAAGAAACCCAGAUGGACAAUAAUGACCUAGAUCUGUCUCCUUUAAACUAUUUUACCCUUGUGUCCUCUGACCUUCACGAAGCCCCAGUGCCUCUACAUCACCCAAGUACCUCUAAAGACAUGUUGUGCCAAGACUCCCCACCCAAGCAGAAGGAUGCUGUGAUGGGGCUGGAGGUGGGCCAUAGCCCCAGCAGUGGCAGGACCAGGGGGUUGUGGUCCCCCUUAGCUUCCCCCUCCACCUCUAUCCUGAAGAAGGGACAGAAAAGACCAAUAGAAGAGGAGAGUCCUUCGCCUUUCACCAAGUCUCGACGAGUAUCAUUUGCUGACCCAAUCCAACACCAGGAGCUGGCAGAUGACAUUGACCGUCGCAGCCCUGUCAUCCGAUCCAGCUCCCCAAGAACCAAAACUACCAGCAGCAGCAUCCCUCAGGCGAAGUAUAUCACAACACCAACAAAGGGCCUACUGAUCCUCAGUCCACGCAAUCUCCGCAGCCCGGGGUACAAGAGCUCCAAGAAAUGCCUGAUCUCUGAGCUGGGCCAGGAGCCGAGGCCCAUCCCUAAGGACUGUGUGUACCCGGCCCUGGUCCGCUGUUCUACCCCUGUGGAAGCAGUGCUGCCUCAGAUCACCUCCAACAUGUGGCCUCGUGGCUUUGGCCAGCUUGUGCGAGCCCGGAAUAUCAAAACUGUCGGAGACCUCAGUGCUCUCACACCAAGUGAAAUCAAGAACCUUCCCAUUCGUUCCCCAAAGAUUUCUAAUGUGAAGAAAGCACUUAAAAUAUACCAUGAACAGCAGCAGAAGGGCCGUAGUGAUGAGCUGAAGAGUUUUGAGGAGAUGGAGAAGAUGACAUCUGAGCUGGAGGAACCAACUGUUCCUCAGAACCAGGAGGACAAGACUCCAGGAGAUGCUCUAGUCACAGAGUUGUUGGAUGAGCCAGUGUCCAAGGAGCACGAGGAACAUCCAGAGGAGAGACCGGACCAGAGCAGGCCUGACCACCAGAAGACUGCUGAGGGGGGUCUGCUGUUGGAGGUGGAGUCUCUGGCGGCUCAUCUGACUGGGGAGGGAUUGAGCCACUGCUCCUCUGACCAGCUGGUUCAGAUCCAUGAUCAGCUGGGAGGCAUGAUGAGGACUGUGGUGGUGCAGCUGCAGAGCAGACUACUGGCUCAGAACAAAGACAGCGGACCCUGAUCCAAACACUAUACAGUCCCAGGGUUUGGAUUACAUAAUUUGGGAAUGCCCCAUGUGAAGUCUCUUGAAGAUGCCUAUUGACAAUUGUGGGGGGCGGCACAUUGGUGUUUGGAUUCUUACAGAGGUCUUGUUUAUGUGGGGGCCGGGGCCCCCAAACCCCAAUCAAGGUUUCCCCUCUCACACUCCGACUCUUAAGAUCUUUUUUUAAGUUAACCAAGUACUACACCACAAGUCCACCAGGAUCUGUUUGGAUUGUGUUUUUAAACUCCUGUUUUCUUUGGCCUUUUUCCUUGUCCUCUCUGAUGGAGACAUUUUAUAAAUGCUAGUUCAGGCUAAAAAGUAGUGGUGGCGAUUAGUUGUCAUGGCAACAGAGUGAAAGCGACGCAUGGUCUGAUUGGCUAUACCAAGAAGUGAUAUUUUAACGAUACAUUGUGGUCAGGAGGAUGGCACUUUUUACGUUGUGUACUUAAAUAAAGGUUUGAAAGACGGA